GCGAACACAAUGAGCAUGCCGGGUCCCAGUGUGAAACGGAUGUCCAUCGAGCAGGAUGAACUGGAUGCCGUUUCGAGUCCCUGUUGUGCCUGCACAUCGACCACAUCCUCGCAAAAUAGUCCCUUUUGGGUUGGGCUACUCACGAAUUUGGGCAUUUGUGCGUUGCUUUUUGCAUACACGCUAUUAGGUUCAUUCAUAUUUCUCGCCAUCGAGGGCGGCGCAUCCCAAAUGCAUCAACGUACCCUGGCAUCCACAAAUCGACAAAUAAAGCUACAUAACACACGAACGGCAGCAACGACGCACGACAACAACAAUUUAACGGCAAUAUCGCGCAACUUGCUGCAAGAGACGCACGAAGCGCGACAACGAACUGUAGAGAAUAUCUGGGACAUUACCGUCUCACUAAAUAUUUUAUAUCGAGAAAAUUGGACAAGACUGGCAGCAAUUGAAUUAGCGAAAUUCCAAGAUCAAAUUAUGAAACAAAUCAUCAGUGAGUUGCCGCCCAAUGCGAUACAACAAUCGCCGCCAGCUACAGGUGCCAUCACAAUACCACAAUCAAUACAAGACUACGAAUGGACAUUUGCGCGAGCAUUUCUCUAUUCGUUGACGGUGCUAACGACAAUAGGUUACGGCAAUAUAGCGCCGCGAACAACAUUAGGACGCAUCGUGACAUUAGGAUAUGCUGUUUUAGGUAUACCACUAACGUUAGUCUAUCUAUCGAGUACAGGCGGUGUCUUAGCCAGAGUUGCUCGUGGAGUGUUUUCAAGAGCUUUAUGUUGUUGCUUGUGCUCUAAUUGCGGGUAUUGUUGCUACGACGAGAAACGGAUGGCGGAGAAGGAGCGUCGCAUGAAGCGCAAACGGCAACAGAUGGAGAUGAAGGCGCAACAAAUAGCCCUUCAGGAGCCAUAUUACGUGCGAAGUGGGUCUCUGCACUCGCCCGACAACAACAAACAAAUACCUGAAAUCGACUCGUUGAGCAGUUGCGACGUCGAAUCGGGUACCUCGAUGCACGGCUUGAGCAUUUUGGCGCCAAUUUGCCUCUGCAUCUGCAUGAUGGUUGUUUAUAUCGUCAUCGGCGCCGUUUCGCUGUACAAAUUGGAGGGAUGGCCCCUGCUGGAUGGCAUUUAUUUUUGCUUCAUGAGCCUGUCGACAAUCGGUUUUGGUGACUUGGUGCCUGGAUUGCGGAAAGAAUCGACCUCGACGACGUGGUUUUGCUCGAUUUACAUCAUGUCGGGCAUGGCGCUGACGGCAAUGUGCUUCAAUGUGUUGCACGAGGAGAUAAUUCAUCGGCUCAAGCAUGUCGUUGACGCGAAAAAAGACGGCAGGGGCAUGAUGAUGAUGAAAAAUGGCACGAGCGGCAAUACCGCAGUCGAUGACGAUUGCAUAAUGUCUUGACGCUUCGAGAAAAACACCAAUUUGUAUCAGCGAAAUCCCACCGAGGAAAGUCUUAUUACAGCAACGCCUACAUCGAUGAUCUUCGGUCAGGAGCCCGAUAUCAGUCAAAUGCACGUGCUCAAAGAUUGCAACAAUCAUCACAUGGUCGAGCACGAACUCGUUCCCA